AGAGCGCCAGCAUCAUACCUGGUUCUCUCUUCGUCUCACCUCAUUGCUAAUCCACACUCCAUAUCCGUCUUCCUAUCUCGCCAUCUCUACUCGUUUCAUUCGAGCAUCGUCAACGCUGUCAUGCUCCCUCCAACCGUCCUUGACACGUUCAAAUACCUUGAUAUCCUGCGAGCCCUGGCCACGCGUCAAUAAGGAGCCAUGGCAAGGAACAUUACUUCUCCAAGAGAUGCCUCACACAGGACGAGUAAAGAUUUUGUCGCGUCGGGUCAUGUCUCAGCCCAAGUCAGGUCCGGCAGAGGGGAGAAGACACUGAGCAUCGACCCUUCACACGUGAAUUGCCCCCCAAAAUGCGAUGAGAUUCACGAGACUUCGCCUGUACCAACUCAAGGAACCUCUUCAAGUACUACUACCCCGAAUACCCACGCAGCCCCGCUGUCCAUUCAGCAAAUGACCACGGAGGAAUCUGAGCCAGACGAACUGGGCCACUCACAACCGCAUACAACGAUACUUGAUCUACAGUCCGACUCGGCCACAUCCUCCGCUUUACCUGAGAACUUUGGCUUCACAAUAUCAAGAGACGGGAAAUUGGUGGCGGUGUAUGGGUCGAAAAACGUCUGGCUAGUUUAUACAGAACAACUGCCGCGUGCCUUUAUGCGUAUCUUUGAAGUGCGAAGAAAACCUGUUGCUAUCGAUGUCCUGGAUGACGGUUCAUUGCUCGCAGUCCUCACCAAUCCUACCAAACUGGACAUCUAUUCCCUAAGAGAAGGCGAUGACACCAUUGUCAAGAGACGCAAGACUGUAUAUCUUGCUAAUGAUUCUACUUGCUUGGCUUUAGCCCCAAACGGUUUGGUCUUGGCUGUUGGGAGUAGAAAUGGUAUUGAAAUCAUUUCACUGGCUGCAGCAGACUCCGAACCAGACAAACGCAUCAUGACCAGCGACCCAAUGGAUAGCUUAUAUUUCUCAGACGAUAGUAGGACGCUACUCGCCACGACUGUCGUCCGCCAUCGCAAAUCCACCACCAUCUUCACUGUCCACGGCAGCUUUGAUGGCCCCUUUACCGAAGAGGGUGAACCAAUUCUACUAGACGUCGAUAAGGCCUGGACAUCACAAGUACUUUUCCCCGAAAAGGCCAAAAGAGCCAGGCAAGCAACUCUGGUCCCCGACGCUACGACUGCACAAGUCAAUGAGCUAUUUGCUUACGACGCAGAUAAGCACACUUGGGGUAUAUACGACGUUAUAUCGUCAAGCUUCAAAGAGUUCAAGACCUUCUUACCUGAUGCCCCAAAGUCUAUCAAGCCUGGUCUUGUCGAAGCUGCGAUGCCUGCAGUGUCACCAUUGGCUGACCAUGUUGCCAUUGCUGUGAGACAAGAUCGAUGUGCCGAGAUUUGGCUGUACCGAUUACCGGAAAGUCAAGGUGGUGAUUUGGAAUAUCUCAACGACAUCAACCAUUCUGAACAGGAGUCACCACAAGAGCCAUGUUUGAAGGUCCGCUUGCCACGGGACGAGGAAUCUCGAUCGCAAGAGAUAGCAUCGCUACGCUGGCUAAAGAUAUCAGGACCAGGUGGUGCUGAACGUCUCAUUGCCGUGGGAAGCAACGUCAUCGCUUCAAGUCCUGAUGGAUCGAUUCCCGAUAUCUCCCAAAGCUCGAGUGGGGCCAUCGUGAUCAUUGAUUUUGACCGCGAGACCCUUGCAGGGCCCGUGGAAGCUGUACCGAAGCGCAUCGUUUUUGAUUUAGACACACUCAUGCCUGGCGAGAGACUACCAGAUGAGGACAUAGACUUCGACCGAGAAGUAGAAAUCGUCAGGCGGAGGACUGUUGCACAAAAAGCUGCCCAAGAUCGUGCAGCUGCUCGAAGAUUGUCUCGCCAAUUGGGUCGAUCAUCGACCACCGCAAGCCGCGAUAGCGACCGACGUGCGUCAAACAUCCCGACUGGAUCCACGGAUGAGGAUCAAUUGGGUGGUGAUGAAGCUGUUGCAGCCUUUGAACAACCGUACGAUCAUUCACAACCAAGGUCCCAAGCCUCACUCAACCGAGCUGCGACUGUUGCAGCUACAGCUCCAGCAGCUCGUAAUCGCCUCCGAGCGCUUCCAGAUCGACCUCUCGAGUACAGAAGAGCGGACGGUCUGAGAGAGAUUCCACACGAAAGUGACGCGGAUAACUGGGUACCGCCGCCUCCUCCGUACACUCCUCGCGCAGAACCAGAAAGUGUGAGCCUCACAUACCCUCGUACAGGAGGACCACCUACAUCAGCAAUGCCAGCAGUGUUACCCCCACCUUCAGCCAUGCCAGCUUCAUUGCCACAUCCAUCUCAAGGCAGUCGUGUCACUCAAGCAGGCCGUAUACGCUCGAGCAACACUUUCCCUGGCGUGCCCACGCUGUCAAUACCACGUCCCAGGAGCUCGAGACGCUCUCAAAACCACGAUGUAUCACGACAAGGUGCACCUAUCGAUGCCCCUCCAGUUCCACCACUUCCAACAAGCUUCUCAGCUGUCUUGCCGCGAGGUCCCCCUGUAGUAUCCGCAAACAGCCAACCACGCAGAUCAUCGACAUUACCAUCGCCUGCAGAAAAUGUUGCAUUACCUGCGCCUGUAAUCAAUGUCUCUCCUGCGCUGACACAACGAAACCAGACCGAAGCCGACAGACUUGGUGCAGGGAUCGCUGCACCUACCCCAGUCCGAGUCAUUCGACGCGCAGUAGGUGACGAGCCUAUGGAACCGCCUCAAGCGGCAUCCGCGCAAGUCUCCACCUUAGGGGUCGCAGACCUCAUCCGCGUUCAGCAACAGCAAGGAGUACCACCAGUCCUACCAUCAACCACUCCCACCUCGAAUCGCAUGCUCCCUCGCUCCCGGCCACUGAUUCCCGGUACAUCACAGUAUCCCCCUCCUGUAGGUAUGAUGCGCAAUGCGAAUACUCCCGGUCGUCCUUCAACUAUGGCAUCAAGCAUGUCCAUGCCUCAAAACCCCUUUCAACAGCGAAACUACCCGCAGCCACAGCAAAGCCUCUAUGCACAUACACAACCGCAACAUUCUCUCACACAUGCCAAUGCUCAAUCCCAACCAUACCCAUCGCGACCCCCUAUACCCACGCAACAAUCCGCCUAUCUCGAGACGUCCGCCUCCAUUCCUCGCCAUCCCGUCGGCGCUCGACACUCACGCUCAUCCUCACACCGCAGCUCUAUAUCCCAAUUCUACCUAUCCGGCCGCCGAGCCCAAUCCACCGAAGCCCUCGCCGCUCCGCGCUCAGCGUCUGCCAUGGAGCCUCGUCGACAGGAGGAUUUUCCCCAUCCACCAAGUUCGAGGCGCCCUCUUUUGAGUAGAUUAAAUACGAGUGGGAGUUUCGGCCGGAGUCUUGGUGGCGGCAAUCCUGGAAGUGGCAACCUUGACGCGAGACUGGUGCCUGGACGUGUGCAUGAUGGUCCGAUGGUCAGCGCUCCUCCAUUUACAGGAAAUAUGGAUCCAUGGCAGGAUUUAGCUGCCCAGCGGAGCUUGGAUGGGCAAGGUGCGAGUGAGAGAAAGCCGACGAAAGUAGAGAGAGUGAAGUGUGUCAUGAUGUGAGGAAGAGUUGGCUGCAUGAAUGUGGAUCAAGGAGAAAAGAUGGAUAUGAAUCGAGAUACCCAGUAUUUUUUAUUUUAUUUUAUUGUACACCGGGAUGGUACGAUGAGGAUAUAUAUUCCCGGUAUGGCGUUCUGGAUCAUGGCACUGGCUGUCACGUGGAAAAUCUACUACACCGGUUGGGCUUGUUCGUGCAAUGUACGAAGCAUAUAUCCAACGAAUUACAAUAGAAUCAGUUGACCCCUACA